CACCAACACCAACACCAACACCACAACUCACCCUUGUAUCUGAAACCCUCUUCAAAUCACAACUCCAUCACAAUGUCAACCACAGCCCUGACCCUCUCCCUCCUCACCUCCCUCGGCGGCACAAUCGGCUACCUGCGCACGGGCUCGGUGCCCUCGAUCGCGGCGGGCCUGACCGUCGGGCUUCUGUACCUGGUGAGCGGGCUGCGCCUGCGCGCGGCGCAGCCCUACGGCGCGGAGCUGGCGCUGCUGGCCUCGGUGAUCCUGUCGGGCAGCUCGAUCCCGCGCGCCAUCCGGACCGGCGGCAAGCCCGUGCCCACUGUGUUGAGUUUCGUGGCGGUUUAUGGGCUGUGGGUUUUUGGGGGGUUGGUUUUCAACAAUACUGGCAGAUGAUUAUUGGGUUAUGGGGGUGGUUGGACUGGACCCGGUUAUGGAUGGGAUUGAAUGCAUUUAACUUGACUACCCUUAUUUAUGGGUUGGUACCGGGGGGGGGUUAUGGUUUGUCUACGGGGCGAGGGUUAUACGGUUGCUUAUACGUAGCAAAAAGCAAUAAUGAUAAAUGAUU